AUGGAGCUGGUCCUGGCCCUAAGCAGAAGGGAGCUGGUGCAGUUCGUGUCCGGCUGCGAGGCCCAGGCCCAGGGCCCGCCGCCCACCCCGAAGCAGGUGAUGGAGAAGUUGCUGCCCAGGAGGGUCCAGGAAGUCAUGGUCACCCGGAAGGUCACCUUGUACUGGGUGGACACCACCGAGCGGUCCAAGCUGUGGGAGUCCCCAGACCACCUUGGAUACUGGACAGUAUGUGAACUGCUCCAGCACCUGGGGGGCACCGUCUUGCCAUUGGAGACCUUGAGCCCGGAUGGUACGAAAGCUGGGGAGACCCUGUUCUCACGUGAGCCCCACCUCUCCUCGUGGGUGUCAGCUCUGCCAACAGACUCCAUCUUAAACUGUGUGCUCUAUAAUUCUCCUGAGUAUGAAGCCUCAUUUCCACGGACGGAAGGAACGUUAUUUCUCCCUGCUGAAGGCAAAGAGACUCAAGAAGCAUGGACAGUCAUCCUAGAGCCCUUGGCCAUGCACCAGAGACAUUUUCAGAAACCAGUCAGAAUUUUCCUGAAAGGCACGGCCACCCAGUGGUCUCUCCCCACGAGUGGCACUUUGGGCACUGAUAGCUGGAUGCUCCAGAGCCCAGAGGAGAAUAAGUCAGCCCACAGGACGUUGUUUCAGCAGCUGGUCCACAGGCUGACUGCCGAAGAGUUACAUCUGGUCGCCAGUGUGGACCCCGGUGAUGGCUGGCCCCCCGUCACAGGCGUUAUUUCCCCGCUCUCUACCAACACUACGGUUCUCACUGUGUUCCGCACUGAGGAGGCUGCAUUUCAAAGGCAUUUUCUCCAAACAGCCGUGGCCGAGAAACCUCUGGACACCGCGUCCCUUUGCUCCGAUGUUAUGGGUGUCAUAUUGAGUCCAACCUCUGGCUUACUGGGAGACCCUACCACCUCCGCUCCUCCCUGUCCAGAGUGGGCCCAGCAGGAGCUCGGCCGCACCGCACCCUGGAGAGCUGCUGUUGCCGAGAGCUGGUUUCCCUGCUCCAACCUCAGUGGUGCCAGUUCAGAUUUGAUGGAGUCAUUUUGGCUGCUGCAGGCUGCCUCGCCCACUAAGGAGGAGUCUUCCAAGACUGAGAGUGAGCUAACCCGCCGCCUGGCCGAGCUCUACCUGAGAAGGUCUCGCGAGGAACCCGCCGUGGCUAGCCAGGAAGACAGCAGAAAGAAACGAGGCGUCCCUCGCACGCCAGUGCGGCAGAAGAUGAAGACCAUGUGCCGCUCCUUAAAGAUGUUGAACGUCGCGAGGCUGAACGUCAAGGCGCAGAAGCUGCAUCCAGAUGGCAGUCCAGAGGCCUCUGGGGACAGGGGGACCCAGCAGACAGCGGGCGGGAGAACGGCGGGUAGAUUGGAGCACAGAGGAAGGACACGAAGAAGCGCCAAACCUAAAGAUUUUAAAACUGAAGAGGAGCUACAAUCUUACAUACAUGAAAAUUACCAGAAGACUAUGGCCACAGGAGAAACCAUGUUGUAUUCAUGUGCUCAGAACAUGAUCUCAACCAUUAAAGCAUUUCUCAAGUCCAAAGGCACCAAGGACUUAGAGAUGAACUGCCUGCAUCAAGUCAAAAAUAACCUCUUAAAAACUAGCAAAAGUCUUAGACAAGACAUGGGAAAAACCCGGGAUAAAGAGGACAAAAUCAGAGAGUGCCAGCUGCAGGUGUUUCUCCGUUUGGAGAUGUGUGUGCAGUGCCCGUCGAUACGUGACAGCAUAGAUGCCGUGGAGCAGCUGGUGGAGGAGGUGGCGGAUUUGCUGCGCAUGGUGUGUUUAACUGAGGACUCGGCAUACCUGGCGACGUUUCUGGAAGAAAUUCUGGCAUUGUACAUUGACUCCAUCCCGAAGACGCUGGGGCAGCUGUACGACAGCCUGGGCAUUGUGGUUCCUCAGAAGCUGGCGGCGGUCCUGCCGACAGAUUUCUUCAGCGACGACUCCGUGACACAGGAGAGCAAGUCGCCUUUUUCUCCGCGGCUGGAGGAGCUGCGCACCCGGUCGGCUAAGAAGAGAAGGAAAAAUGCAUUAAUAAGACACAAAAGCAUUGCAGAGGUCUCACAGAAUCGUCGACAAAUUGAAAUCCCCAAAGUGUCCCAGAAACCCGCGAGAAACGAGAACUCUCGCCCCACUCUCCCGCAGCCCUCACUCCCAGUGAAAGAUCCAGUACAAGAAGUGACCAAAGUUCGAAGAAAUCUCUUCACCCAGGAAAUUUCUCCUUCAAAGAGACCGGCGAGGCGGGGGCUGCCGAGAAGCCACUCGGUGUCAGCCGUGGAGGGCCUGCAGCGCAAGCUGGACGGCGUGGGCAGGACCAGAGGUAACUCCACAGCCACCCAGGCAGGGGCUGCUCACCACCCAGUCCCGAGACCCGCUUUACGGCAGGAGCUCAUGCAGCUGAGCCUGAGAAGAAGCCCGCGCAUCAAGCAGCUGGCGCUGGGCAGGACGACAUCUGGCCCCUUCUAUUCUGCGUCUCAGCUGCAGCCUCGGAGUGUGCAGAGGGCUCGCUCGUCUCAGCAAAGCCGGUCAGACCAGAGGGGGUCUCCUCCCCUCCCGCGGAUUCGGUCUCCGAAGACGCUGCUUUUCGGGGCCGUGUCCGAGGUGGUCGGGCCCUCGGAGGAGGGCGCGGCUCGACGUACAGGGCCUUCCGGAGACACAGUGGCCUCUGAGAUGCCGACAGCUUACCAGACGCCUAAGAAGAGUUCCCGGAAGCCUCCCUGCUCUCCGAGAGCUACGCCCCGAAGGCCCCCUCAUGCCCCUCGCACGCCGCAGACUCCCCUGUGCUCCCCCCAGAGGCGGCAGAAGCCCUGUGCAGCCCGGACACCCGCCAGGCAGGGGCUGUUUCAGUCCCCUAAGGACUCCGCGCCCCACCGCCUGCCAGUGUCCACUCAGCUGUCGGAGGCCCCUGCCCACCCCCAGGCCUACGAGGUGGAGCUGGACGUGCAGGCUGGGGGGCUGCCCAAGCUUCAAAUCAAGAAGGUGGACACCAGCCCGGGGCCAGACUCCCAGCCCCUGAGAAGGGACCCAAGUGUCCCCCCCGGCCUGGCCGUGCCCAGGGGCAGCAAAGCCUCGAGACCCGACACCUACACAUCACCCCCCUGCCUUCGCCCCGCGCACAGCAGCCCUGGCAAGAACGGUGGACAGACCUACAUCUGUCAGUCCUGCACCCCCACCCGCUGCCCCUCGAGCACCCCCAGCCCGUUCCAGGCAGACACUGGGGUUCCUUGGACACCAUCUCCCAAGCACAGCGGGAAGACAACCCCGGACACGAUCAGGGACUGGCCGCGGAGGAAGCGGGCGGUGGACGGCAGCCUGGGCGCCCCUGCGGGCAGGGCCGACGCAGGCACAGACCUUG